AGAACUUUAGAUGUAAGAUUAAUUUAUAUCUGAUAAUAUUUCCGAAAUGAUUAUGGUAAUGAUUUAAUCUCUUAGGAAAAGGAGUCAGAGUUGAAAAUGGUGGACAAAUUCAUCUCUGAAAAUGGAGGCUUGAAGGAUAGAGUUGCUACAGCUACAGCAAAACAGCAGAACAGAGGAGUUGGAGUCAGGAUCCAAAGGUUCCUUCAAAAAUACAGUGAGGGACGAUACAAGAGAGUUUCACCAGAGUUACUGGCUGUUAAAGAGGAACUGAGAAAGCAGGAGACGGAUGUUACAGAGGUUCAAAAAUCUGUGUCAGAGGAGCAGAUUCAUCAAGUAAUGAAUGGAAAGGAAAGAGAAGUUAAGCCGGCACCAGAGGCUACCACACAGGUUGAUGAGCCGCUGCCCAUGGAUUCAGGCUCAGAGAAGGAGGAGCAGCAGUCAUUCAUCAGCCUGCUGGUUCAUGCACUGGUUAUACAGGCUGUUACUAAAUCAAAGAUGAGGUGCAAAUACACAAAGUUUCAAGAAAUCACCAAGAGGCUGUCUGAGAAACUCUGUGCUGAGGUGGAGGGAGGAGAAUUUAAGAAGAACCAAAGUAGCCUGAAUAAGCUCAGCGCUGACAUCUUGAGAGCCUCUUGUAAAAAGACUGGCUGCUCACACACAAACCUUCUUUCAAUACUGGGCCAUAAGGACUCAAAUGUAGAGGAGGCUGUACUUGCUGUUUGCAAAGAGAAAAUCCUGAAGACAGCCAAGGAACCCAUCCUGAAAAGGUUCUUCUCCUCUGUCGGCAAAGCCCUCUGCAAGCCCUUUAAAAAGGCCUGAGGGCAACCUGGAGUCAUCCGGUUAGAACACUACCUGCUAAAAUCUACACAGCAGGUUUCCAGCCAGAAGUCUGGAAAUAAUCAACACAGCUACAUUCACUGACCAAACAU